AUGCACUCGUUGGAUUCGUCGCUGAGCUUCCGUUUUCCCCUCUUCAAGCUCCGCAUUUGGAAAGAGGCCUCUUCGCUCCCAGCAUCGCGAAGUCCCAGCGCCGCUCUUCCCUCCACGCCACUUCCAUACACCGCGCCCACGAUGCUCCGUCGCCUCCGCCCCGACAACUCAACUCUCGCCUGCGUCUCACACAUGCUACAGACCACUCGCUUGUAUUCGGCCCCAGCAUCGUGCCGCGCCUUCUCACAGCUGUCCACAACCCCCUAUCGCCUCCAACGUCUUCCUACUGCUGUCUACGCUACUCGCGGGGUCGUCACAGGCCCCCCAAGCGACAGCCACAAGAAGAAAGCGGCAGGCGACCAGCUCUGCUGUCCACAAUGCGGGACCGCGCUCGUACUCGCAGAGCCUCUAGGCAGUGCGACGUCAUCAAAUCCUGCGACGUCAUCUUCUACCACUUCAACCACUUCAACUCCCUCCGUGGAGUUCAAAAAGGGUGACGUGGUCAAGUGCGUCAACUGCAACCUGCACUUUGCCCUCAAGGCGCAGCCUCCUGCUCAACCCAGCCCCACCUUCCGCAACGCUGCAGCGGCUGCAGCACUGAGCUCCUUGAGUUCAUCGCUAGCUCCAGGCAUGCAGACCACGCGCGGCUCCAGUCUGGGUGGACCCACAUACAGCGGCAACUUUCCCGUCUCCCUCACGUGGCGGUCCAUCUACGAAGGACUGAAUGAGUACGUUAUUGGUCAAGAUAAGGUCAAGAAAACGCUCGCUGUAGGCGUGCACAACCACUACAAGCGGCUGCAUGCACUGGAGUUGCUCCAGGCCAGAAAGGAAGCGGAGGCCGCUUGUGCCAAGCACAAUGCCAGCUCUCAACACCCACGCGCUGGUGGCGUAACGCGCCAGCAUGUGGACAUGGACGACCCGCGGCUGUCGAAUAUUGGUCGCCGUCUUCUAUUGGAGGAAAUUUACUCUGGAUCGGAUAAGAAUGAUGCAGAAAUGCCGCCGACAUCGAAGCAACAUGCCUCGGAAGAGACUGCAGAAGUUACGAAGACGACGGAGACGACGCACACCCAUGCGACGAGGCUGCAACAUCACUCGAUGGGGGACAAACUGCAGUAUCUGGAAGGCGUGGAGCUGGACAAGACUAACGUCAUGCUGGUGGGACCUACGGGGUCGGGUAAGACGCUGCUGGCCAAGACGCUGGCGCGACUGGCGAAGGUUCCGAUUGUGAUCGCCGACGCGACGUGUCUGACUCAAGCUGGCUACGUGGGCGAAGAUGUCGAGUCGGUGCUGUUCAAAUUGUACCAGGCAGCCAACUACAACCUGGAGGCCACCCAGCGUGGCAUUGUGUACAUUGACGAAAUCGACAAGAUCACGCGUAAGAGUGAAAACGUGAGUAUCACACGCGACGUGUCGGGCGAGGGCGUUCAGCAAGCGCUGCUGAAGAUCCUCGAAGGAAGCAUGGUCAAUGUGCCCGAGAAGGGCGGACGUAAGAACCCCCGCGGCGAGCACAUUACCAUCGACACGACAAACAUCCUGUUUAUUUGUGGUGGCGCGUUCGCCGGACUGGAGAAGCAGGUCACUCGGCGGACGUCCCGGUCUUCUAUCGGUUUUGGAGCCCAGAUGCCCAACAUGCGCCUGAAGGAUAGCAAUCAGAUUGGCCAGCUGCUGUCGCAAGCGGAGCCCGAAGAUCUCGUAUCGUACGGGUUGAUUCCCGAGUUUAUCGGCCGUUUCCCGAUGCUUGUGAGCACCACGGGGCUGUCGAAGGAUGAGCUGGUUCAAGUGCUCAACGAACCCAAGAACAGUCUGGUGCGACAGUACAAGGCGCUAUUUGCGCUAAGUGACGUGGAGUUCCACGCAACGGAAGGAGCCCUUGAGGCCGUGGCUGAGUCGGCUCUACGCAAGAACACUGGUGCGCGAGGACUCCGCUCCAUUUUUGAACGUGCGCUCAUGGAGACGAUGUUUGAUUUGCCCGACAUGAACGACGUGCGUGCCGUGUACGUGGAUGAAGAGGCCAUCUUGGGUCACAAGCGGCCUGUGCUGAUUCGCGGUGAAAUGACGCUUGACGAGUACCUCAAGAACCUCGAGGAUGACAGUGACAAACGGGAAGAGGCUGUCUAAGCAGUUUCCACUCCAUCCACCACCUCAUUUGCCCCCUGCAUGGCACUAACGGAAGGGAAGUGCUUACGCGUUAGGCAGCGGUGGUUCCUCUCUCUGUGCUUUAUCAAAGGUAUUUUAUCACA